AAAUAUUUAUAAUGUUAACGUCAUAAUCGACAAAAGUAUGAUAGUUUCAUAUAACGGAGCGUAUGAAGAGUGUUUAGGUUUAAUAUAUUUGAGUUCUGUUUAAAACAAGUAAAACAUAUGAUGAAUAGUUCAUCUGAACAUUUCAAAGCAAACGCUUUGAAAACAAAGCUUCUUUGAUUUCUAAACUGACUAACUCUUGCAAAGGAAAUGGGAACUUGGGACGCAUGUUUGACAUCACGGAACAACAAAUUGUUAUACACUGGAGUUUUAAUGUCGAAGAAUCUCGCGCAUGUUUUAUUAGUCACACGGGUUACCUUUCUUCUCUGCGCGCUGAUAUAUCAAUGUCGAGCUCAAAAGUCUAGCCCGUCACCCCCUCCUCCCAUACCAGUGUCGAACCCCCCAGCCAACAACCAAGUGUGUCUGAUAGUCCCGCAGGAUGUCGAGGACUGCUACUUAAAUUUCCAAGGAAAACCCAUAAAUGACAAGGCCGCCCAGGUCAAUUGCCUACAGAAACUCCUAUGGAACUUUACCCCAGACAACAAUUUGACGCAGUCUGAUAUCAGCUACUUCCGGGCAUUGCUUGGCGACCAAGCGAGCGCGAUGGCUGCUGGCGGUCCAGGGGGCUCCUUAAUUGGUCAGCCUCCUAGCGGACGGCGCACCCGGAAAGAGUAUAGACUGUUGAGUGUCACGGAACGACAGAGAUUUCACGCUGCGCUCAACAAGCUAUAUGAGGCAAGUGUGAUCGCGGCAUUCGCGCGCCUCCAUGCACGUGCAGCACGUUCCCACCACAAUGGCGCCUCGUUCCUCCCCUGGCACAGAGUCUUCAUCAUCAUGUUCGAGGAGGCGUUACGACGGGUAGACCCAUCCGUCGCCCUGCCCUUCUGGGACUGCACUAUUGACGACGAGAUGGACAACCCGGUCAACUCCGUCCUCUGGACUCCGGAGUAUUUUGGCUCCGGUACGGGGGAGGUAAUAGACGGACCAGCGGCAGGCUGGGUCACCAAUCAAGGCAAUCUUGAAAGGAACUACGGACGCCGCAGCCGCCUCAUAUCCAAGAGGCAGAUCCGCAGCCUCCUCAGGAGGUGCAACCUCAGGAAUAUCAGCCAACCUUUUGCCAGUCGCCGUUAUGACUUCGAGUACUUCCAUGGUGGACCGCAUCUCUGGAUUGGGGGAGACAUGGCGUUUCCGGCCACCGCGGCAUAUGACCCCGUGUUCUACAUGUACCACGCCUUCGUCGACUAUGUAUGGGAGCUCUUCCGGCGCCGCCAGCUCCGGCAAUGUCGCGUGGACCCGUCCAAUGACUACCCAGAUAUACCUCUCGGCGACAGCCACGCAGCCCAGUCCCCUAUGACCGGCUUCGAGUGGCUAAUAAAUCGUGACGGGCUGCAGCAUGAGUGGAUUGACCAUUGGUAUUCUUACGAAUCGACGCCAUCUUGCCCGAACUGCUGUGAUGGCUGCUCCUUCCCGCCCCCGAUUAACUGCAACAGACGUCGACGCGUGUGUAUGGCCCGCUCGCGACGUAAUUUCGCUUUCGGGCCUCGAAGUGAAAACACUAGAACAAAGGAUAUCUUUGCGCAAGCAAAACUUGAUCCGCGGGAAGUUGAAUCACUAGAAGUACAACUUCCGCCGAGAAACCGCGGAGCCGAGUUCCAGGGUCCGCAAGGCGAUGGUCGGACUCUUUUUACCGCGAUAGCUGACGCAUUUGAAUCCGUCCGCAAUGAGACAGGCGAAUCUGCACGAAACUUGAUCAGUCAAAACGACCAACGGUCACCCAGGUUUGAUCCCCGACGACCGGAUACUGUACUUCCUGAUGCAAGGAACGCUGGAUCUCCCAGAAUGAGAGCGGAUACUUCUAUCGACCGAAGAGGUCGUUUUGAUCGAAAUCGGGCAGAUUCAAGAUUAGAUACAAGAAGACCACGCCUGGACACAAGAAGAUUACCUUAUACAGGGUUUGAUCGUCGCAUGGACUCUAGGUUAGAUUCCAGAGGCUCAAGAUUCGACACUGUAUCAAGUCGGCGUGAUUCGAUUCCGCCUGGUGGUGAUAGACGGCCGCCGACGGAUGGUGGGCGUGACUCGCGACCUGGACAGUUUGACCCUGGUAUGGACAGACCUGGCCCGAGGGUAGAUUCUAUGGCGCCUUUUAGCCGUCGUGAGCCUCCACUCGAGAGGGUUGGCGCCCCGGAACCACCAGGAUUCCGUCGGGAUUCCAUCCCUCCACGGGAUUUAUCUGACCGCCGAGCAUCUGACAGACGUACAUUCUCUGAAUCGGUGGUAGAUUUAACCCAAGUGUCCCCAACAAAAAGUAGUCCAAGAAACCGCGGAAGAACAUUUGAUGCUCCAACAUGAUCAAAUUCCUACGCAGUGAACAGGGAGGAAACUACAUGUAGAUGCAAUUUAGGUUGAAAUAGGUUUAAAAAAAAUAUUUAUAAAAAAAGAUAAGUCCUGUAUAAUAUUUUAUUUAAUAAGUUUGUUUGAUCGUUAACCUCUGGAAAUAAAACUAAAAAUCAAGGUUUAUGAUUCGGUGAAUAUCACAUGAUACACGUGACGUUUGAGAAGUAACCGCUGCGUGGAGUUUGUACCAUGAUGUGACGUCAAGUUCUUACAAGAUAUACAUAGGGCUGUCCUGCAUUUGUUGUGCUUACAUAUAUGUGGUAGCAUAAAAUAUCGUUCAUUGUGAUUUUCGAAAAUAAACAUUUGCAUUCAU